AACAUAUAAUGCAUUCCUCGUGGUCAAUGAUCGUGCGUAAUGCGGAAUGCGCCCAUAGUUGCUAGGAUGUGGAAUAUUUCCAGACGUUUUCUGACAAGGGAAAACCAAAAUUCCGCCGCCUCGUUCUCAGCGGAAGCUCGUUAUAAAAGCAUCUACCUUGAUCUCGCACGGUACAAUCAGUGUAGGUUUUCAAAGGCUUGCGAGCGACUUCCCUUUGCAAUAUUGUUGUCUGUUUCAAGGAGUCGCUUUUUCCAGUGAUCAUAAGGUAAUUGUUGGCGUUCUCACUAAUCAACGAUUAGUGUCAGCGGAGUACUCCGCACGCAAUCUUUCUAUCAAAAAUGUUUGUAGUGCUCGAGUGGCCCUCUUUGUCAUGGACGCCGCUCUCUUUCCUACCGUCUGUAUUUGCAAUCGCAGUCUUCAGCAUCGCAGUUUCUUUCAUCUUUGUUCUGGGAAGAGCUUACUCUCAAGUCCGUAACUUUGAUGGUCCACCAUGCCAUCUAAUCAAAGGACAUUUAGAACAGGCUACAUUCGAUGGUCAAGGGCUUCGUUUUCACCAAAAGUGUACAGAGCUUUACAAGACAGCUUAUCGUGUUUGGUUUGGACCUUUAAAGUCGGCGGUCGUUCUCUGUCACCCUGAUGCUGUGAAACCGUUGCUGGCGACCACUUUUAAAGAUCGAACUGUCAGCCGCCUGUUGGCUGCAUUUCUAGGUGUUGGUCUCGGUCUCCAAGAAGGAGAGAGAUGGAAAAAUUCGCGGAGACUUCUAACUCCAGCUUUCCACUUCGAAACUAUCCAACCAUACAUCAAGAUUUUCCAAGAAUCUGCAGAUAUUUUAUUGGGUAAAUGGGCGUCGUCCCCGAGCAGAGAGGUGGAGCUCUUUCAUGAUAUAGGGUUGCUGACGUUUGACUCCAUCUUGAAAUGCGCCUUCAGUUACUGGAGUGACUGUCAAGUGAAAAGACCUGACUCCUUCCUGAGAGCCGUUCACGAAAAUACUCAAGCAAUUAUGGAUCGGUUUCGGACUCCUCUGCACCAUUCAGAUUUUGUUUACAAUCUGACGUCCGCGGGAAGAAGGUUCAAAAAGAAUUCUGAGAUUGUUGGUUGCAAGGCAGAUGAAAUUAUCAAGAAAAGAAGAAAGGCUCUGAUGGAAAGGCCAGAAGAAGAGGCUUUGAGAAGACAAGAGCAUUUUGACUUCCUCGACAUUCUUCUUGAAGCCAGGCGCGAUGAUGGACAAGGAUUAACGGAUGAAGAGAUUCGAGCUGAAGUAAGAACAUUCAUGUUUGCGGGACUUGACACGGUGACCAGUGCAAUCAGCUGGAUCCUCUACUGCCUGGCCCUCUACCCUGAGCACCAGCGGAAAUGCCGGGAAGAAAUUGAUUUACUUUUUGAAAAUGGAAAUGAUUUACAACGAGCGGAUCUCUGCAACGUUCCUUAUCUCAAGCUUUGCAUCAAUGAGUCAAUGCGUCUGUACACCCCAGUUCCGAUUAUAUGUCGUUUAUCGGACAAGGAAUAUGAAAUUCAAGGAAGAACCCUCCCUUCAGGUACUUUUCUGUAUGUCAACAUCUUCGCUAUUCAUCGUAACCCUUACAUUUGGAAAAAUCCAGAGGUAUUUGAUCCUUUGCGGUUCACAGAGGAGAACACCAAAAAACGGCCAUCGCACACUUUCAUUCCCUUUUCAUCCGGGAGAAGAAACUGUAUAGGAAAGAAUUUUGCAAUGGCGGAGAUCAAAUCUACAAUAGCUAUGAUAUUGCAUCGGUUUGAGCUUACGGUUAGUGAAGAUAAUAUGGUGUCAAUGGAGGACCUUCUCACAGUACUUGUAUUACGUAGUAAGAAGGGACUAAAAGUUAACGUUACCCCAAGAGAUCACAACCAUAAUUCACCGACGGUUUGUUCUGAACGAGCAAACAUAAAGUGCUGACUCGACAUUCAGGACGAGCCUUUCUUCCUCUUUUUUUUCAAAACAGACUGAAGCUUCAGGCUGAGUCAGCAAAAGUUAAGAAUGUUCAGACUCUUGCAUCCUUUUUUAAAACUCAAGAGAGUAGGAAUCAACGCUGUACCAUAAAAAAAAAAUGCGUAUACAUAAAUUUGAACUUCAAUGUAACCAAACGGUUACCGUUACUUAUUUAUUUCUGCAAAACACACGCUGUGAGUGCGGAUAAAAGUAUUCUGCUGAAUGGAAAUUAUAUGCAAAUAGCGAUAUUUUAAUGAACACAGGUAAUAAGGUAGCUAGGAUCUCACUCACUCAAAGCUUCCUUUUAUUUACUUUUGUUAUCAAUGUAUUCUGGACCGAGAAUUGCUAAAGGAAAAUCUAAAAUAUAUCAUUUAAUUAUCGAUAUAAUUACAUUAUUUUACAUCAAUAUCAUAGAAGCGUUUUAUUUUUGUGAUUAGAUGGUAAAAAUGCCAAUCAAAAUUGGCAUUUUACACCUCAUUUGUCUAGAAUAAACAGUAGUUACUUUUUGUCAUUUGUUCCAAAAAUUGGGCAAAUAAAAAUGAUGAAAAUAAAAACGAAUUAUACCGUUAUACUAGAUAAAUAUAGUACUAAAUCUUUAAGAGGCGAACUCUGUAAGAGCGGUCCAGGGUAUUUCACAUCGGAAAAAAAGUUUUCCCUCAAACUUUGCCCAAUAAACUAUCUUUGGUAGCAAGUAAAUAAAACCACAUUAGUUUCUGGAAAUACGUUAAAAUAAAAUUUUUAGAGCUCUCAAAAGUCAAAGCUGCUAGAGGCCCUUUUUUGACCUCUUGCGACAUCGAAAAUUUCAAAAGUUGAAUAACCUGGUCCUCGUAUCACACCGCAUGCAGCAAAAAAUCUUUUGUAUUUUUAAACUGUGUGAUAUGUUAGGUGAAUAAAAAAUAUUUCAAUUUU